GCCACGGCCGCCCAGCGGCCCACCCCCACCAUCUUACCCGUGCAGCUCGACAUCUCGGACCGGAAAUCCACCGAGGCCGCUGCGGCGCUUGUAGAGGAGGAGUUCGGGAGGCUGGACAUCGUGGUUUUGAACGCGGCGAUCCUGAGUGGGCGGGGCGUGGUGCUGGAUAGUGAUCCGGACGAGUGGUGGGAGACGAUGACGGUUAAUGUCAAGGGACCGUAUUUGGUCACGCGGGCAUUUCUGCCGCUGCUGUUGAAGGGCGGGGAUAAGACGAUCGUGGCGCUGAGUAGUGUGGGCGCGCAUAUUGUUACGCCGGGCCUGAGCGCGUAUCAGGUGACGAAGCUUGCUGUGUUGCGGUUUAUGGAGUUUGUGAGUGCGGAGUAUGGGGGGCAGGGGGUGUUGGCGUUUGCGGUGCAUCCGGGGAAUAUCCCGACGGAUAUCAUUGGGGGGCCGGAGGGGCUGAGUGAGGAGUUGAAACCUAGUGAGUUGGGUUGUUUUGUAAACUGGGUGAGGGGAACUGGGCUGACUGUUGAUUUAGUUUUCGUUGAGACGCCAGAGCUGAGUGCUGAUACGAUUGUGUUUUUGACCAAGGAAAAGAGAGAGUGGCUUGGAGGGAGGUAUGUUAAUUGUACGUGGGAUAUGCCGGAGUUGAUGGCGCAGGAGGAUGAGAUUGUGAAGGGAGAUAAGUUGAAAGUCAGACUUGUUUUCUAA